AUGUUCACCAUUUCAUCCUCAACAUUCACAAACACAAUCUCAUCCUCAUUCCCUUCUUCAAUCUCUCCAUCCAUUUUCUCUCAAAAUCCAAUCUUUCACACCACCCUUUUUACAAAACCCUUUCUUUUUCACAACCCACUUUCCAUUUCCCUCAGAAAACCCAUCACAGCCAUAGUUUUCUGCAAGUCAUCUGAAGCAUCAGAAGAAUCAGAAGAGCCCUCAGUUCCGGAAGAUGAGUGGCUUCAGAAACUACCUGAGAAGACAAAACCUCUCUACUCACAUAGCUUGCCUUGUAUUGAGGCAUGGUUGAAGAGUUUGGGGUUUAAUCAGAGUAAGGAUGAUAGGGCUUUGUGGUUUGUGAAUAACCCUGAUUGGCAUGCUCACCUCUCUCUUGAUGCCACUGAUAUCUACAUUAGGUAUUUGAAGAGUGGACCUGGGAAUCUUGAAAAAGACAUGGAAAGGAGAUUUAGUUAUGCUUUGAGCAGAGAAGACAUUGAGAAUGCUGUGCUUGGAGGACCAUAA